AUGGCUGGUGGUGAAGAGGGCCCCGCUGGUGGCUCAGUAUCUGAGCCUCUCGAUCUUGUGCGCCUCCUUCUUGACGAGGUUGUAUUUGUGAAGUUGCGCGGCGAUCGUGAAUUGAAAGGACGCCUUCAUGCCUAUGACAGCCAUAUGAAUUUAGUCUUAGGUGACGUCGUGGAAACCAUCUAUACGGUAGACGAAGAUGACGACGAUGAGGAAAUCAAAACAACAACUAAGAAGUCCGAGAUGCUAUUUGUGCGAGGGGAUAGUGUCGUCCUUGUCUCCCCUCAGAACUCCUCAUGA